AUGCCUCAGAAUACAAGACACACGUCCAUCGUGGAGAUGCUUUCUACCCCACCUCAAUUACCGAGUUCCACGGAUUCGCACAGUUUGCGCGAUCAGGAGGACAAGAAUAGUGGCGGGAACCAAAGCGACACAGAAUCAUUACACAAAUCUAUUUCGCACUCGUCUUCCUCGUCUUCUCUUUCCACGCUGGAUAACACGGAGUACGCAAACAACAAUAGCCAGUCCCUGUCCACCUUGAACUCGCAGAAUCUGCUGUCCGUCCAUAAGCAAGAAUGGCAACAUACUCCGCUUUCGAGCCUGGUGGAGCAGAACAAGUUGAUUCUCAUCAGAGGUUCUAUCUCCGUAGAGGAAGCGUUCAAUACGCUGAUCAAGCACCAACUGACGUCUUUGCCAGUGGAAAAUUUCCCAGGGGACAUGAAUGGUCUGACAUUCGAUUAUAACGAUCUCAAUGCAUAUUUGCUUCUCGUACUGAAUAGAAUUAAAGUGAGCGAUGACAAGAUCACCUCAGAUUGUCAGAACGGGAAGUCCGUGCCUGUGGGCGAGAUAGUGAAGCUAACCCCUAAGAAUCCAUUCUACAAAUUACCUGAGACGGAAAACCUAUCGACGGUGAUAGGCAUUCUCGGUGCAGGUGUGCAUCGUGUUGCUAUCACAAACGUGGAAAUGACGCAGAUCAAAGGUAUUCUUUCUCAACGUCGUUUGAUCAAGUAUCUAUGGGAUAAUGCGAGGUCGUUUCCUAACUUGAAGCCUCUGUUGGACUCUUCGCUGGAAGAGCUGAACAUUGGUGUUCUAGACGCAGCUCGUGAUAAACCCACCUUCAAGCAAUCCCGUGUCAUAUCCAUCCAAGGUGACGAGCACCUAAUAAUGGCUCUACACAAAAUGUACGUCGAGAGAAUCUCUUCCAUCGCCGUGGUGGACCCUCAGGGAAAUCUGAUUGGUAACAUUUCUGUAACAGAUGUUAAGCACGUCACUAGAACCUCCCAAUACCCUCUAUUACACAACACCUGCCGCCACUUUGUCUCAGUUAUUCUGAAUUUGAGAGGUCUAGAGACCGGUAAGGACUCCUUCCCCAUUUUCCAUGUGUAUCCAACAAGUUCAUUGGGAAGGACUUUUGCGAAAUUGGUGGCUACCAAAUCCCACAGAUUAUGGAUCGUACAACCAAGUGAUAAUCAACAAUCUGCAUCUUCCGAAAAAUCCGCAUCUCCAUCGCCAAGCAACCUCCCUGUAACGACAUUGCCAUCGCUCGCCUCUUCAUACCAUUCGAAUACACACUCUUCUAGGAUGGCUAAUUCCCCAGUUCUGAAAUACUCAGACGCAACAAACAACAAAAUAAAUGUAAAUAUAAAUUUGGGCGGUUCUCCGCCACCUCAAUCGCAAUCUUCAUCGGCAUCCAUGCCACCACCUCAAUCCUCGAACAGUUCCUCCGCAUCUCCAACUCCAGCCCAUUUCGAAAAGGAAUAUAGAACGGGAAAGCUGAUAGGUGUUGUGUCUUUGACUGACAUAUUAAGUGUCUUGGCAAGAAAACAAACUCACCAUAAGGAAAUUGAUCCGCAAAUGGCAAGAAAGCAAAGAGGGCAUGUUGGUUGA